GUGAGAAGCCAGCAUAGUGGGGAAGCAAGUGAGAGAGUGUGUAUGUGUGUGUGUGUCUGUGUGAGAGAGAGAGAGAGAGAGGUGGAGAGCUACUGUACCACGAAAUAGGGGAGAGGGGUUUUGAGAGAAUAGCUGUUAAGUAGCUUCAGUUGGAGGGAGAACGAGAAUGCACGGAGAGCCACUGAACAGGGAGAGCGAGAGAUAGAGAAGCCGUUUGGGGACCCAUCGCUAAACUGCCGAUGAGGAAAUAUUAAUGAUUGUGUCAGAGCGCUCGCUGCGUCCCGCCAGUCAUCUGAGCCUAGCCCCUGGAGGCGGCUGAGAAGUGCUGAGACGCAUCACAUUAAAGAAGAAACCCGGGUGCUCUCCACGCUCGCACGCUCACACUCAAGUCCACCGCGGCCACCACUCUGAAGCGCACGCCAGGGGCACGUGGCGUUCACCCUUGACCCCCGAAAACGACAUGGGGAGCUGCAGAAGGCGGUGCAAAAGGGAAAUGUUCAAGUUUGCCCAGUACCUGUAUAGACUCGUCACGGGCACGCUCCAUGCAGACAGCGUCGAGGAUGAGUUGGAGUUGUCGGCGGUUCGCCAUCGUCCUGAGGGCCUGGAGCAACUGGAGGCCUUGACACGCUUCAACCGCAAGGAGCUGCAGAUCCUUUACAGAGGCUUCAAGAAUGAGUGCCCCAGUGGCGUGGUCAAUGAAGACACAUUCAAAGACAUCUACUCACAGUUCUUCCCACAGGGAGAUGCGUCAAAGUACGCUCAUUUUCUGUUCAACGCAUUUGACACCAAUAAAGAUGGAUCCGUGAGUUUUGAGGACUUUGUAAUGGGCCUGUCCAUCCUGCUCCGAGGUUCUGUGCAGGAGAAGCUCAACUGGGCUUUUAACCUGUAUGAUAUUAAUAAAGACGGAUAUAUUACUAAAGAGGAAAUGCUUGACAUCAUGAAGGCCAUUUACGACAUGAUGGGGAAAUGCACAUAUCCCCUAGUCAAAGAUGAUACGCCUCGACAGCACGUGGAGCUGUUCUUUCAGAAGAUGGAUAAAAAUAAGGACGGAGUUGUAACCAUAGACGAGUUUAUUGACUGCUGUCAGAAUGAUGAGAACAUCAUGAGAUCCAUGCAAUUAUUUGAAAAUGUAAUUUAACUCGAAGGCAGGCCUGGAAAGCUCCGGACCGGACAAUGAGUAGACGCCAACCAACAACUGUAUCGACCGUAUAAAAAUGUAUUUUACGCUGCUCAAGCAAUCGCCUACAUUGUAAUGGGCGGCACAUUGUAUACAUUCUAGCUGUAUGAAACGUUCUGGAAUGUAAUAAGUAUUGUGGUUUGAUUUAUUACAUUUGACCCCCGAAUCCUCUGUUUUACAACGACACAACUUUUAUCUGCCUUUAAAACGAUACAGUGCUUCUGAAAGGGUAGAUGUUGUGCUAGAUAUUUCUCGAAUAGGUCAGUUGUCUUGGAAUUGCUUCAUCACAGCCCUCCUCCGCCUCUCUAAGCACCCAGAUAUAACAAACAUAACGUUGUACCGUUUUUACAUGUGUAUAUACCGUAGGUAAGGUAUCGGAGGACUUUAUAUUGGUGUUUACUACCCAACUAGAACGAGGCAGCGCGUUCCACAUUGAAUGCAGUGACGAGUCACGGCAAUGCACAGUGUCCUUAGAAGAACACCUGUAGCUGUCACUCACCUUGAGUAUAUGAUUUGGGGGGGGAAAAAACUAUGACUUUGUACCAAGAUUACUGUAAUUGCUUUUUAAAUGUUCUAUUUCACCCUAAAUGUGUAUACUUGUACAGAGAUCAUGUGUCUUGUCGCCAUGUUUCUACCGGUCUGUUGGAUUUUAUUCAUGAUAGUCAAUGUAUGUCUGGCUGUACAGUUAAGCGGAAUCUUUGGUUUUGAAAAUGGUGUUAUUGUUUAUGUAAGUAUGUUUACCAUUGUCUUUUGAUGGACAAUUAGUAUAUUUUUUUUUUUUCUUGUGAAUUUGUCUUUUGACCAAUCAAAUUGGAUCUGAAAAGGGUGAUGUGAUUAGUCAAACCCAUUUGUUGGAGCCAGUAUCAGAUCUGGGCUACCUGUGUUGACACAAGCUACUGUAUAUGAGUCAUUGGAGUGAAGAGUGUGGCGCAUGUGUCCAGUUUUCUGCAUAUAAGGACUGAUUGGCCCUUGCUUUCUCUUAUUGAAGCCCUGCUUGGUCCAGAGCAUGCUGGUCAGCAGCUGGGGUUUCAUCCUGCCCAAUUUCAGGACUUACAGAUGGCUUCAUUUCCAAGUAAAGGUCUGGUCACCUGGGUAAUUAUCUCCUGAAACAUGGCUUGAGUUUAGAAGGGCGCACAGCAAAUUGUGCUGUGUAAAUCAAGUUGUUUUUGGACAGGUAGUACCUAGAGUACCCUUUUCACUCCAUCUCAAAACACCUACCUAUUGAACGCCACAUUGGGAGUUCCCUAAUGGGAAAGGAAUUGACUUCAGUAAAUUGUUUAAUGCAACCUUCCAUCCAAAACAUCUUAAACUCUUAUUAUAGCAUGAAGUGCAUGUCAUUGAGUGCUCCGGCUUUGUAUUUCAUUGCACAGAAAAUCUGAUCAUGGAAAAUGUGUGUUAUCAAACAAAGCCUUUUAAGAUUAAUCAAUUACUAUUCAUGUGUUUUGUUUAUUUAUUACCAACAUUGUACUUUUGGCCAUCAAUUGAUAUUUACAUUUAGCAUUGUGACAGUAGUAUGCACAGGACUUAAACGUUAUUUAUUUUUCUUGCACAAUGUACCAAUGUAUCAUCACUAACUUAUUUGAUUAGCAGGUGUGUGCCUAAUUUGUAUAUCCAUGACAAAGUUACAAUACCAUGUGGCAUUCUGAGCUGUCACUUUGUUAAAAGAAAUUCCUCUUACAGUUAUUGGCAAUUCAGGGAAUUCUUCCCUUAGGAUUACCAUCUACAUAUUUAGAGUUGCAUAAACUGCUUAGAUGAAAUGUCCCACACCAGUUCAAAGAAGUUGUAAAUUUAAAGGUGUUAUGGAAGAUCUUUCGCUACAAUAUUAAUGCCAUUAGCUAAAACUCAGAAAUUGCUACCCUAGAUAGUGUAGCUUUUACUUGAACAGAUCCACAGAUGCCUGAAGAGGAAUGACAGUAGUGAGCUCACUGGACGUUUAAGAUGUACAGUCACAUAUCGGUGUGUAAUGAGGUGAGUGCAUUUUCUAACAACUUCAAUAAACCCCUGGGUCAGUAUUGUGUGCAGUUA